AUGGCUGGCGAUCCCGUGGAUAGCUUCGACUAUCCGGGAGGUGUUCCACUGCACCGGCAAGACAGUGUCGACUCUUCGAGUUCUGGUGACUCUGGCCCGAUGAUGACGCGAAGGGAUGCAGAUGGCCAUUUGGCCUCGACAUCAGCCUCAGCGCGAAGGCGGCGUGAGGCAUCGCUGGACUUCUGUCCUGAGGCGCAGCUCGACCAGGUCAUCGACGGGGAAUCGCCUGCGACAGUGCGCUCGAAAGACAUAGAGACUGCAGCACAGGAGGCCGACGAUGUACGGCCGUUCCUGGAGCCGGACGCGGACAAAUCCAACUGGUGUGCCGUCAUGUAA